AUGAUAAGUCGAUCUGUUUAUGGGAUGAUAAGACAGGAAAAUUAAAAGCCAAUGAAGAUGGUCAUUCAAGUGAAGUUAAUUCAAUUUGUUACUCUCCUGAUGGAAAUACAUUAGCAUCUGGUACUUAUGAUAAGUCUAUUAGUUUAUGGGAAGUUAAGAUAGGAUAAUGAAAAGCCAAAAUUAGAUGGUAAUUCACGUGCUGUUUUUUCAAUUUGUUACUUUCCUAAAUGGAAAUACAUUAGCACCUUGUAAUAAUGAUAACUCUAUCUGUUUAUGGGAUGUUAAGACAGUAAAAUGA